AUGUCCUUUAUUGAAAUUUCUACAGUGUUUUGUACAGGUCCACAAGAAAAGUUUCUACAAAUGCAGGUUAAUGCCCAAAUAAGCAGUAACCGAAGUGGUAUAUUGGCCUUUGUUGGACCUCUUCAACUCUUAACAGAGCCAUUUCAAGCCUGGACUGGAUUUUAUACUUCUCGGAGCGUGUUAAAAGGAGUUGCAAGGAGGGCAAGUUCACUGCUUUAUGCUGGAGAGUCCUUUUUCACACAGUAUGUCCGGAAACACCCAGCAGGUUCCAUCUGCAAACAUGGAGCCCUAAAGCAGCUUCAGAGCCUUAGAUGGGCAGUUUCAGAGGUCCAACACCAUGAUGGCAUAACAGGCACAGAGUCUCCCAAAGUGACAAACAUGUACAUGGACAACUUGAUGUAUGGAAUGUUCAACGUUAAGAAGCUAAUGGCUUCCAUAAUCUUUGAUAUGAACAAUGCUAAGAAGAGUGAAGAGGUCUAUUAUAUUUACAAUAAAGACUCAGGAAAACCAGGUACUAGAGAUGUUGACCAUUAUGUCAUUGUCUAUAAUCCCCUGGCCUGGAACAUCACUACAAUUGUCACAGUCCCUGUCAACAUCUCAUCAAUGAGUGUUUAUGAUGAACUGGGACAUUCUGUACCAGCACAGAUUCAAAGUUCAGCUGAGUCCCAUUCUAUCUAUGAUCUGUAUAUUCUAGUUGAAGUAAGUGGUCUGACUUACAAAAAAUACAAUGUUAAGCCCUCAAAUGGCAAGCAGUCUGCAUUUAUUGGAAGAUCAAUUAAAUACAAACGAAAAGACGUGAUGCAUUCCGUUCAGCAAAGUCAAAAGCUGCUUCCUGUGGCCAGCAACUGUUACGAGAUCGUGUUUGACCAAAACACUAACCUAAUGCACAGCAUUACGAACAGGGAGACUAACCUGACUGUCCAGGUGACCCAGGAGUUCCUUGAGUACCAUGUGAAUGGAGAUGUUACAAAAGGACCCAUUUCAGACAACUACUUAUUUGCCCCUAAUGCUUCUGCUGUUCCAGUAUCACAAGCGGUUGGAUUGGAAGUGGUCUCUGGAAACUUAGUGACAGAGAUACGGCAAUACUUCUUCAGCAAUGUUACUGCUCAGUAUUACACACAUGCAGUAUUUACAAGGAUGUAUUCAGUACCCGAAGGCUAUGAUGGGAAGUUGCUUUGUCAUAGAAUAGAACAAGAAUACAGUAUUGGACCUUUGGAAGUAAAUCAUGAGGCAGUUCUAAGAACAAGCACAAAUUUGAACACUGAGCAGCUGCUCUACACUGAUGACAAUGGAUUUCAGAUUCAGAAGAGACCAUUCAAGACAUAUGUGAAUAAUACAGUAGCGCGGAACUAUUAUCCAAUGGUCCAGACUGCCUAUAUUGAAGAUGAUACCACAAGGCUAGUGCUGCUUGCAGAAAGAGCUCAUGGUGUCUCAAGUCAAGGGAAUGGGCAAGUGGAGGUGAUGCUUCACAGGAGACUGUGGAACAAUCUUCAGUGGGACCUAAACAACAAUCUUACUUUGAAUGACUCUUCAGUGGUUCGUCCUGUGUUUUGGCUUAUUUUAGGGACUAAGUCUGCCAGCAGUGUUUUGUAUCAGACAAGUAGCUUAGCAUUACAACACAGGCCAGUUGUAAUGUUUGGAACUUUUUCAGGAGAUAAACCAGAGCUACCUGGGCAACUUCAGCAGAGAUCAGCCCGUAGUUUUUCUGUAAGUGUUCCACCUAAUCUUCAUCUCCAGACUCUGAGCAUUCCAGGGUGGAGAUACAGCUCUAAUCAUGCAGAGCAGGUCCACACCGUUCACAUGGGUAAACAGAAGCAAGGUGAUGCAGACUUCAGUCGUGUCCUGCUAAGAAUUAGACACCUGUAUGAAGUUGGAGAGGAUCCUGUGCUGUCUCAGCCUGUGGUGGUGAAUUUGAAGUGUUUGCUGAAAGAACUGGGGGCAGUGAAGUUAGUGGAAGAGCGAUCGCUCACAGGCACCUGGGAUGUAAACACUUUGAAGCGGUGGAAGUGGAAGACUGUGCAAAACCAAAGCAAAGGAUUCUCCAAUAGUACAAAGAUCUCAGACGACUUUACUGUAACUGUUCACCCAAAGGAAAUAAGGACUUUCUUUGUGUAUUUUCAAGAUCAAUAAAGUCUGACUUUGUUUCAGGGCUGAAUAUGUAAUUGCUUUCCAUUUUUGUUUGAGAACAUAAAUGAUGGUCUUGAAAGGUGUUCUACUGCUGUCAAUGAAAAGAAUGUCAUUUUGGAAUAAACUCUAAGUUUAAUUAAACGGUU